AUGUUAGAACCCCCUUCUUCCUGGAAAGGAAGGCUAAUCUGCUCGUCCCACCUAAACAACAGAUAUGAAGAAGCGGAUGUGCGAGCUCCGAAUGGAGAAGACAUCUGUCACUACGGCCCAUAUGGAGGUCCUGUCCCGCCGUCGUUCGUACCCCUCGAUGACGUGGAUCUUAAUCCGAUUGAGGCUCUACUGGCGUAUAGGCUCCUAAAUCCUUUCCUUGACUUUGUUGGAAGCCCGAUAAAGAAGGCAAUGAAGAGCCUCCUAGCAAAGCUGGGCCUGAUAACGAAUUCAGCACCCGAUGUUAGAAGUCAAGAGAGUACUGGAGGAGGGGUUAUUGCGGCUGUUGCCAAGGCUAUAACCCUGGCAUUCUGUACCUUGCAGCUUGCUGCGGCUAUUGGGACGUUGGAUGCUAUCGAUGGCUCCCAAACUCGACUGACUGUUAUGACGAUUUUCGCCCUGGUUUUCUCCUCGACCUGUAAUUUCUUCGGAAAGGACUCACUCCCAAUCUAUUCUCUAAACGCAGCGUAA